AAGGGAAUAGAUGUUACGCUGUAUCUGUAGCGAUCCUUGAACAAAGUCUCCCAUCAACCCUAAUGAAGCUGCGCCUCAUCCUGCUGCUGCUGCUGACGAUCUCGGCAUCGUUGGCCGAGGAUCAGCAUCGGCAGUCCAGGUCGCAGCUCAGAGGCAAUCGAACGCGCCGCAACCGUGACAAACAACACAGGUUACCUUGGCAAAGCAGCGGAGCCGACGCUGACCUGAGACGAGCCUCAUCGGACAUGAGCAAAACCAUUGGCAACGGGCCGACGCAGAGGAGUCCCAAUCGAGAUCACAGACUGCUGUCGCUGUUCACGCUGGUGCGCUUCGAGAACAACGUGUGCGUGGGCAUGUCCGGCGAGAACGGAACCUGCGUCGCACCGGCCGAGUGCGCCCAACGCGGCGGCCUCUCCAGUGGACUCUGCGCCAACGGUUACGGCGUCUGCUGCAUCGUUAGCGUCAGCUGCGGACAGACGACUUUCGACAACAACACGUACUUCGUCAAUCAGAAUCACCCCUCGACUUUCGACGGCACGGACUCGUGUCAGCUCACCAUCCUCAAGGCUCAUCCUGACGUUUGUCAGUUUAGGCUGGACUUUGUGCAGUUCAACAUCAGGGGACCCGAGACCAUGAACAAUCUCUGCACUUACGACCAGUUCAUCGUUUCCGGGGGUAACCCCGUCUCGCCGAUUUGCGGCAACAAUAACGGAAAUCACAUGUACAUCGACGUAGGAACAGGGCCGACGAACCCCGUGACCUUGUCCUUCGUGACCAGCGGGAGUGGCUUCGACAGGUCCUGGCGCGUACGGAUAGCCCAGGUUCCCUGCAGCAGCAUUUUCCGGGCCGAGGAGGGCUGCAUGCAGUACUUCACGGGCGUCAGCGGCCAGAUCAAGUCCUUCAACUACGACCCCAACGUGGGCCUGCAGCUGUCCAAUCAGGACUACAGCAUCUGCAUUCGCAUGGAGAGAAACUUCUGCGGGAUCCAGUACAUGAUCUGCGACGACGGAGCCACGUCGUCGACCAACGCGGCGACGAGCAUCGCAGCGAUGCAGCAGCAGCAGCAGCAGCAGCAGCAGCAACAGCAGCAACAGCAACAAUUGCCUCGAAGCAGCUCCUUCACCUUGUCGGGCAACACACUGAACGGCCAGUACUCGGCCAUGUCGGACCGAUCCUGUCAAAACGACUGGCUGCUGAUACCCUGCGCGGCGAACUCGGGUCGACUGCCCGGAUCGCAGGUGCCCUGCGUCGACAGGCUCUGCGGAGGCGCCUUCAAUACCGAGGCGUCGGUCAACUCCACGUCGGUCAUAAGCACGGUCAAGCCAUUCAGGAUAGUGUUCCACACUGACGGGACGGAAGCGCCCACCGACUUCGGCAAUCGUGGCUUUUGCCUGAACUACGUGCAGCAGCCCUGUACCAUGAAACUCAGAUGAGAGAGCUGAGCUGGUGUUCCUGUUCCAACGUCCACGGCUCCGUGUUUCUAUCGUCAGAUUAUAAGUCAUAGACUUUGUAGGAUUCGACGCGCAAUCGUGCGUAUUAUGAAUGUAAUUUGUGUGCAAAUGCAGAGGUCGUAGAAGGAGAAUAAACUUAUGCACCUCGUAUUAUAA